UGCCAUACGUGUAUCGUCAUUUGUAGUCGUCGUCAUUGGAAGUUGUAGUAUUUGGUCAAUUGCAUAUGGGCUAGUGGCGCGGGUGCCCCUUGGCUGACAGUCUGGCUACAGUAUGAUCACCAUUUCAUAUCCCAUAAGCCGUCGUGGUUGUCUCUACGUUUGACAUUAUGACAUAUGAAUUAACGGAGCAAUAACCGGGAUGAGGAAAACUUGUUUACCUAUGAGUAAUAGUGACUUUUGUGCUAAUAAAUACAAUAAAUUCUAAUAGAGUAUAAUGGUAAAUAGUAACUGAGCAACACAUGGCUUCCCGUUUUCUGUGGUGUAGACAUCGAUCAGUUGUUGUGUGAGGCGCGUGUCGUCUGCUGGUGUUCUGCUGCUCCUGCUGCCUCGCCUGCCACAGCCCCUCCUGCAACAUUCCCACCAACUGACUCCUGCUCCGGACACCCGUUCCCUACCUCACCACCAACUAUGGAGUUCCGGUUCAACGUGAGAGAGCUGCUGAAGCAGGAGAUCACCCGCAUCGACCAUAACCUUAUCCUCCCCAACUGGAAGUCGCAGACUAGGAACAGGGUUGAGUAUCAGCAACUCUAUCAAAUCAUCAAUGCAAUUGGAGAGGCUUCCUCCUUUGCGCAAGGUCUUAACAAUGUCAUUACAACGGCUGACAAGAUGCAGAAUUCUGAUCACCUUCUGUACCUUAUGAAGGAGGAAGAUGAAGCCACGGGGCAGUGUCUUGUUGUUGGCAUGCUGAAGGUUGGCCGCAAGAAGCUGUUUCUUCUGGAUAGUGAACAGCGAACAAAGGAAUGCGCUCCUCUCUGUGUCUUAGACUUCUACAUCCAUGAGUCAAGACAGCGCAGGGGUUACGGAAAGAGGCUGUUUGAUCACAUGCUUCGGGAUCAGAAUGUUUUACCUGGUCACAUGGCAGUUGACAAGCCCUCAGAUAAAUUCUUAGCCUUCUUGUGGAAGCACUACAACCUACACAAGCACGUUAACCAACUGAAUAACUUCGUUGUCUUCGACACCUUCUUCGGUGAUAGACCAAUUGCCUCUGAAGAGGCAGCUAUGACAUUUGUGAGUCGUAGUCCUCGUGCUGCAUCUCCAGAGCAUUCACCUAAUGCAUCGCGACGUUCUUCUUCAUCCAGUUAUUCCCACUCUGCUGCUGGUCGACCGACCAAUGCUUCACGGCAGCCUACGAGCAUGGUUGAUAUUCUCCAUGGCCGUGCUGAUCGCCACACUCCAACUGCUUGCCUCUCGCCCCGAUACCAAACAACCUUAGAUUGGAUGAGAGGACAGAGUUCUGGUGGCGAGUCUCCAUACUCGCAGACCCCCACUUCAUACUCUGCUUCUCGAACGCCAUCCAACACAGGCUCCCCGUUACGCACCCCAUGGGGUGGAUCUCCUCCACGCACUCCUUACGCUCCCUCGGCAGCAACUGUUGCCACUUGCAAAGACACUGUUGACCAUGUCAAUUCAAAUGGAAGCCUGCGGGGGUCAAUAGCACCUACUCCAGCCACGUCUCCUGAGCGCCGUUCUCCUGCCAAAGAACCACAGGACGAGAGUGAAGACGUUAUUAAUCAGCAGCCCUUGGUAGAGGAAGAUGGUGUGGCGGAGAAAGUAGAAAAGCUAUCAUUAUCUGCCACCCCACAGUCUCCAGUCAAGUCACCUGAGCUCUGUGGACUGGUCUCGCUCUGCAAGACAAGUCAGUGGCGUGAUAGUGUGUCGCGCUCAACAGCAGACUUGGCAGAGCGGAUGUUAUCGCCUUCACGAUCCACUAUGACGGGUGUCCUACAAGAAAAUGAUUCUGUUCAUGGACACUUGAAAUUUCAUCACCAUGCCUUAUGGUAAUGAUGCAGGAAAUGAGGGCUUCUUGUCUUUACCACCAAACAAGAGGGCCGUCUUGCUGCUAGGCUGUCGACUGUUCUUGUCACUGGGUAUGACAUAAUCCCAGCUGGCCAUCAGUCUAAACACCAGCAUUCCCAUUCACUUGUGAACACUGCAGCUGAUCUUUAAGUGGUGGCUACAACUUGCAUUCCUGCCUACAUUUUAUGUGCACGUUUUGGUAAUGUAGUUGAUGUUUUCGAUACACAAGAUUUUGAUUUUUACUCUAGGUGGAGAAUUAGUACAGUAUAAUUGUCCAUAUUUUAUGUUGAAUUCACACUGGUGUAUGUAAAAUUAUUCAUAGCUAUAUUUCAAAGUAUUAUUUGUAAAAACAAAAAUUCUGAUAAUGUUGCAUAGUAACAAUUGUGGAGUGUACUCAGGGUUGUCCAGAUUGUGCAAUUGAUACCCAUUGAAUAACAAGUUUUGUUAUACAGGUUUAGCAGGUGUAUAACAUUGAAUUGGAAAAUGUAUUGUAUGACUUGUUUUUUCAUAUCCAAUGUUCUCUCAAAAUAAGUAGAUCACUUUUGAUUUCAAGUACUAAGGCAUACUGUAUUUAGGAUUUUGAAUUUAAAUAUAAAUUGAAAAUAAAGAGACCUGUUAUCUUAUUUAAUUAUAGGAAUCAAAGUUUGAUGUAUAAAAAUAGAAGUCGAAGUGCAGCUAGAAUUGUAACCAUUGUAAUAACAUGCAUUGAUCAGGAUGUCUCCAGUAUUAUGGCUUCACAGUGUUUCAUGUCUGACUUUAAUUUUACAUAUUGCAAUAUUUUAUUUAAUGUAUGCAUUAUGAUAGCAUUUUGGGAGAUCUAGAAUACCUGUUUGUAUCUGAUAAUCUCAUUAGAACCUAAUGACUCAAGGAUACUACCAAAGAAACUUAUGCUUUUUGGGUUAGUUACUAUGUGUAGCUGUUGUCAUGCCUAAUCAUUGGCAUGAUAAAGGUAUAGCAUUGGAAGGAUUUUUAGAUUUGUAAAUAUGGUAUCAUAGUCAUAUGAUUGAUGGGUUUUAUAAUGAACAAAUUUAUUUAUAUAUAUUUUUUUUUUUGUGACUUGGUGCACCUAUUCCAUCUCAGUUGACUGGGAAUGGACUAAAGGUAGGUUGAGAUUGCUGGUAUUGCAAGUACAAUGCACACCAGUACUUGUGUACUGUGGUAGGCUAAAGAUGCCCUUAUUGUCCAAUAUGACUGCCAUGUUCAUAAACUAGUGAGUACACACUUUUAGCACUAUUCUCCAGCAUAUUGUAUGACUGCACUUGCUAAAGACAUUUCCUGUGAUUCCAGGAGCUUGAAAUUAGACAAAGUUCCAUCUGUAUUGUGUUGCUGUUUAGAGCAUUUAGAAGCAAAAAACUUAGUUUAAUAAAUAAUAGUAAACAAUUAUCAACACUGAAAUAACUUGCCUUAAAUUUUCACUUUUUUUACAAUUGAGUAGCAUGAUGUAGGCCUUUGUCAGUAAGGAUUAGUGAACUUCCAGUUUCUGCCUUAUGACAAUGUAAUUCUAAAAUUUUUGCAAUAUAUUCAUAGCGAACUUAACUGGUGUACAAACCUGCACAUUUGUACUUUAUACAACACUACUACUUGAAGCAGUACAGACUGAUACUGUAGAUAAUAUUGGACUUCUCGGUAUAUCAUUAUAUUUUGAUUGAAACACAGGGAGAAAAUGGCGAGCCCAUGUGAUGGUCAAUAUUUUCUCAGAUGCAUCACAUUCUUGUGAUAGUGUGUUCAUAAAGGAAGGUUCAUAAAGGAUAGGGGAAGCAUUCUUUUUAUUUCUUAAGGAUACACAUUUAAAUUUAUAUUUUUGAUGUUGAUCUGGGACUGUGGUGUGCGCAUUCCUUUAAGAUGUCUAUAGAAAUGCAGUCGACAUUUCUAGAUGAGGUCUAUGUUCUAUGUUCAUGUUCAAAUUGGCCAGGGAGGAAACUGGCUUACUUGGCUGAUGAAUGUUCUUUUAAACUAUUUACUUUACCCGAGAUAGGAUGCCUCGUCACAUUACGAUUUCAGGACUCUUAAGUUGGUUUACUUUGCUCUCGUUUAAAUAUGGGGAAAAUAUUUAAUCAGAGAAUUUAAAUUCUUAAUAAAUAGAAAAUCUUAAUACUGUAGUAAAAAUCUAAAUCUGAUAAUUUUGAGCAUUAAUGUAGGAUUUGUGUGCAGGGUAAUAACACAUCUUUCAUCUUGUUAGUAAUGAAGUGCCCAGUUUUAAGCUGAAUGACAUUGCAUAUAUUAAGGUAUAUUGUAAUGACUGUAUUCAUAGUUAUAAUAGCAUUAUAUUCAUGAACUUAUUCAUUGCGAGUGGUUUUUGCAUACAUUAACUUUUUUUUUUUACUUGAUGCAGAAAGAAACCAUAUUUAUUAUCCAUGAAAUGGUACACAUUUCUGACAUGGUAUACAUAUUAAUGUAUGGUUAAGGAAUAUUAUAGAAAAUCGCAAAACUUUUUCAUGAAGAAUGAUGCACGGGUAUUGACCUGCUUAUUGGUUGUCUAGAAUGUUUAGAGAGCUCUCAUUUCACUCCGGCACCAGCGUAGAGUUUGUUGUGAAGUUUCUUUUGUUCUUGCAGCUGUACAUGUGAUGUACCUUCUUUGUAUUAUCUUGCUUGUUUGACAUAAUUUACAACUUACUUACUUAGCUUCUACUCCACACACUGCUAAAUUUAUAUUUCUUGCUUUGAAUAUUAUGAGAAUCCCACUAGGAAUAUGGCAUUGUAAAAUGGUAGAGAUUAAUGUGUGUGUGUGUGUGUUCCUAAUCUCAGAUAUGUUUUGUAGUCCUCUUAGUCUCUGGCUACAAAGACUUCAUGUAUGAUCACUUACAUGAGUAAGAACCUAACAAACGUUUAAGUGUUGAUACACAUACAUAUGAAUUCAUUCCUAAUAUGCAAGCUCAACAUGACUUUUGGCAUGGAAAAGCUUUAACUGAUGCUUAAUGCUUCCAGAGUUGUAGAACCAGGUGUUGAAAUUGUCAUUAGUCGAGGGAUGUGUACACAUCAACUUAUUAAUUAUGUAAUAUUCAUGAAAGUUUGACUCUGUGUAUUGUUUGGGAUGUGGAUAUCAUGAUAAACAACACUGAUUUUUAUAAGUAGAUGAAGUUUUUAAGUUGGCAAGCUUGGUCUGUGGUACUACCCUACAAGACACUUUACAUUGCCAUAUGUUGGUUUCGUAUAGGGAAUGGAGGAUUUCGUGAACAUAAUUUUGGAAUACUGCAAAGGGCUUUAAACUUGUCUUUAUAUGUUUACUAUUUAUUUAUUUGAAAUGUUUGAACUAAUUUAUUACAUAUGCAAUGCUUGCAUUGCAUCGUGAUGUGUAUAUGUUGAGAGUUUCAAAUAUGUCACCAUGGCACAAUAUUAUGCACAAGUUAUUGUAACAUAGUUGUUUGGUGAAAUUACCAAGUCUUUAAUAAUAUGUUGCUAUGUUCGGUUAUUUUGUUGAGAGACUUCUGUAAAAAGUAUAGAGUUUUAAAUAUUUAUACUGUUAAGGAAUAAUCUCAAAAUUGCCUUUGCAUUAUAUACAUAUAUAUUAAAAAUGUUUUUUGUCUGUAAGCAAGCAUUUUGUGGCAUCUAUGAUGUAAUGUGUUUGUUUAAACACAUCUAUUAAAUUUGAUGUUUCAUGUGGAACACAACUAAGCAUGGGCAUCUUGCACUCUUUUGUGAAACCAAAGUUAAUACAGAUGUAGUAAUUUUAAUUUUUAGUCAUUCUGUACUUUCCAUAUGUUUUGUUACUUUGUAAUUUUAAUGAUUGUAUGUUUACAUUUCCCGGUGCAAGGUUGCUACUCUUUUGUAUAAUUACCGAAAUUGUACUAUCCAGGGUGUGAGUGGACAUUUUAGCUUAUACUGUCAUACAUUGUACUUUAGACUGUUCAACUUGCCACAUAGAAUAACUUCAGAAUUUAACUUUUAAUGUAAACAUAUUCCAGAAUCUCAUGCCCUUGUUGAAUACAACAGUUGUUCUAUUUUAACAUGAAUUUUGAUUUUGUAUGUAUGACUGUCUACUUGCCCAGUGUAGAAUAAUUUGUAUUGUAUGUCCAGUCAGUAAUAACUGCAGCUUUAUAGAAUGGGAAACCAAACUUGGUUUAAUAUUUUGGAUUAUCUGUGACAUUGCUGUUAUGGCUUGUCAUGGAAUAUAGUUUUAUAUUAUACAGAGUUAAAAGUAAUUUUACUUUAUAUAUUGUAAUUUUAUUUUGUUCUUUUAACCAAAGCUUUAACCUAAAAUAUGUAAGUGUUACAUUGCCAAGUAAUAAAAAUUAACCUAAAUUA